UCACGUUAGUCCAUCAUGAUACCUUCCGGUAACCAACAUCCACCUGCUGGCGUUACACCGACUAAACUAGUUUGAGGCAAAAUUCAUCGAUUGCUGAACAGCACAAUUUGCAGCUGAAAGCAGAUCCAAGCCUAUCCAAGCGCAUGAUGGAUGAAGAUUUCACGUUUGGAGCUUCAGUCUGGGGUAAUAGUACACCCACUGACCCGACACACCUCACAAAUAUCACAUCUCUUUCAUCACCUGAAUCACCUGUGCCGCCAUCUCCUGCACCCUCUCAAGACCGACUAGACGAUUUCGAUGACUUUCAUACGCCACCGCAAACACAGAACCCAUCUGUUGCGCAGGAAGAUGAUUUUGGUGACUUUGGAGAUUUUGGAGAAGCGGAGGGCCUGGAGGGCAGCGAGGAUUUUGGACACGAUACAGAUUUUGGGCAGGGUGCAGACUUUGGGGAUUUCUCAGAAGAUGCUACGUUUCAUGAAGAGCCAAUACCGGGUCCAUCUCACACCAUCUGGGAACCACUCAGUUUAAACCCCCUACCUUCCAGAGAAGACCUGGAGAGACAGAUCAACAGCAUCCUGGAUCCCGUAUGGAUUUGGGAUAUCUCUUCGCUGACCACAGAUGAAGACAUCAGACAGGCAGAGGGUGUCAGUCAAAUACUAGUCACACCUGAAAGUCGUGGUUUAUAUACCAUGCUGAUGGAUUCGCCGCCUCUCAUGGAGCCCAUUAACUGGACGCGCUCACGCAUUCGACAGCAACAUUUAAUCGCUCUUGGACUACCCGUGAACUUGGAUGAAAUACUACCACACGCAAGCGGCAAGCCCCUUCCCCCACUACAUAUAUCAACGCGACCGAUGUCUGCACCCCCGGGGCCUCGCAAUGGCCCACUCCAUAGUACCCCACCGUCUAGAACCACUUCUCGUGCAGGGACUCCACAACCGUCUACGCGGCCAGGAUCAUCAACUGUAUCACAACUUGGUAUCGGACCCAAACCCCAACUAGAUGCCAAGAAAGUAGAGGAACUACUCAAACUUGAUACAGAUCAAUUGACGCUCUUACCCUUGGCGAAACUUGAACGGUUUCUGGUAGAUAUCCGUACAGAGACAACCAAUGCCUCAUCUCUACUUACACACCUUCUACAAACUCGCGAUGCUCUCCAGCAGGACUCGGAGACAUACAACAAGUUGAUCGCAGAACUAGUAAGUGAGGCGCAGAAGAAUAGUGGUCAAAGUCGGACAGGUGUCAAGCGUAGCGGUACCUUGCGUUAAUGUAUUCAUCGCACUUUCAUAUGUUGAGAGUUUGCAACUGAGUACUGAGUACUGAGGGUCAAAUUCAAGCAAGGCGACAAGUACAAACACGUGACUCGCUCAAAUUAGAAAGGAG